AUGGCCCCCUUCAGUUCCGUCUUCCUGGGUGUUUGGGGAGUGUUUGUUGUCAUUUUGAUAAAAGAAUCGACACCCGUUAGCUGGGAGGAAUGGUGGACAUACGACGGUAUUUCUGGUCCUGCCUUCUGGGGUCUCAUCAACCCGGAAUGGUGGCUCUGUAACAAAGGUCGAAGACAAUCACCAGUCAAUCUCGAUCCUAAUCAACUGCUUUUCGACCCAAAUUUACAACCGCUUCAUUUGGAUAAGCACAGAAUCAACGGCGUAUUGGCGAACACCGGCCAUAGUGUUGUGUUCGCUGUGGAGAACGACACCCGCCAUCCCGUCAAUAUCUCCGGUGGUCCGCUCAGUUAUCGUUAUCAAUUUCACGAGAUUCAUUUGCACUUCGGCGCGGAUGAUCGCAUCGGCAGCGAGCACACCGUCGAUGGACAUGCGUUUCCUGCCGAGCUUCAGAUAUUCGGCUUCAACUCGCAGCUUUAUAACAACUUCUCGGAUGCCUUGCACAGGGCGCAGGGGAUCGUAGCGGUAUCGCUUCUUUUACAGGUGGGCGACCUCUCGAACCCGGAGUUGAGAACGUUCACGCAGCAGCUGGAUAAAAUCAAAUACGGAGGGCAGGCCAUGGAAAUUAAACGUUUCGGGGUGCGCGAACUUCUGCCGGACACGAAGCAUUACAUGACGUAUGACGGCUCCACCACGAUGCCGGCGUGUCACGAGACCACUACAUGGAUCAUCCUCAACAAGCCUAUAUACAUCACCAAGCAGCAGUUACACGCUCUGAGGCAGUUAAUGCAAGGGGAUGAAAAACAGCCAAAUGCACCGCUUGCGAAUAACUUUAGACCACCGCAACCUCUUCAUCAUCGUCCCGUUCGGACAAACAUUGAUUUCAAUGUUCAGGGUCCGAAGAAUUGUCCGACGAUGAACAAGGACAUAUAUUACAAAGCCAAUAGCUGGAAAUAAUACCCAGCACUGCCGUGAGAUCAACAUUCGCAGUAACUACGCUUCUCCCCGGAACGAGCUGGAACUUCGCUGUAAGGAAAAAAAUUGACAUAUCAAUUACAGGCGGGUGACGCCGGGUCACAAAAAAAAUUACGGCAGAUAGAACGCGCGAAGAAGACGACCGUCGACGCCCAC